GAAUCCCGGUCGGCUAACGCUACUAGCAAACGUGAUGUAGUCGGGUUUUAGGGAGAUUCGCCGAACUUUCACCUGAGAUUAAGUUGACUCUUGGCGGCCUCCAGACGGGAUUUCACCCGCUGUCCUACCUGAUUCUCACGAUUUCAGGAGAGGGUGCUUUCAGUGCGUUCUACUGGUAGCCAGGCUACCGGCUAAGGCUACAGAUGAACUUGAUGGAGUCGGAUAGCGGCUCUCGCCUUGUCGAAACGGCUGGAUUUAAUGAGUGGAUUGGGCACGGACUGCAUCUGGCAAUCAAUGUCAGCCCAGCCCAUCGUCCAGAGCACCGGGAGUCGGCUUGCAUCAAGGAGGAGGAAGAGUCGCCAUCCAUCAAGAAGGAGGAAGAGUUCGUAAACAUUGAAGAUGUCAGCCGAGCCCAUCAUCCUGAGCACCGGGAGUCUGCUUGGAUCAAGGAGGAGGAGGAAGAGUCACCAUUCAUCAAGGAAGAGGAAGAGUUCGUACACAUUGAAGGUUUCAGAAAAUAUCUUGGUGCUGAACGGCAUGAGCCAGAAUCUCCUGGUGUUAAAGAGGAUGUUGAGCUCCCCCAAAUCAAAGAGGAAGAACCAAACCCCUGUCAACAGAAGCAACUUCCAAUCAAAAAGGAGGGGGAAGAGCUGCCAUGCGUUAAAGAGGAGGAAGGUAUUACCAGGUGGACUAGUGAGCCCUUGAAGAGUGAAGAUGGUCCGAGUGAGGCCGGCAAAGGGGCGGAGCCUGUAAGCGUCAGCAGCUCGACAGAAGGAUUACAAGCAGACAUUUUCAUCGCGCUAUCAGACAGAAAUGGCACCACGUCACAGUCACCUUCCAAUGAUGAUGUUCACAAGAAAUUUCACCGUAAUGACAAACCCUGCAAAUGCUCUCAGUGUGGGAAAACCUUUGCUCAUAAGAAAACUUGUCAUAUGCAUAUAAGGAGCCACACUGGUGAAAGACCUUUUGUCUGCUCAGUUUGUGAUCAAAGAUUCACUAAAAAGCAACACUUGAAAGUACACACAAGAAACCACAUCGGUGAAAAAAUGUUUUCCUGCUUAGUUUGUGGUCAAAGAUUCCCUCAAAAGCAACUCUUACAAGAUCACAAAAGAACCCACGCUGGCGAAAAAUCUUUUUCCUGCUCAGUUUGUGAUAAAAGAUUCACUAAAAAGCACCACUUGAAAAUCCACACGAGAAUCCACACUGGUGAAAAACCCUUUUCCUGCUCCAUUUGUGAUCGGAGAUUCACUCAGACGGAACACUUGAAAGAACACACAAGAACCCACACCGGCGAAAAACCUUUUUCCUGCUCAGUUUGUGGUCAAGGAUUUAGUUGCAAGAGUUCCUUAAAAACACACACAAGAACCCACACUGGCGAAAAAACUUUUUCCUGCCCAAUUUGUGAUCGAAGAUUCGCCACAAAGCGAAACUUACAAAAUCACCAAAGAACCCACACUGGCGAAAAACCGUUUUCCUGCUCAGUUUGUGGUCAAAGAUUCUCUCGAAAGCAAAACUUACAAAGUCACGAAAGAAGCCACACUGGCGAAAAACCUUUUUCCUGCUCAGUUUGUGAUCGAAAAUUCAUUCAAAAGGAACACUUGACAAUCCACACAAGAAUCCACACUGGCGAAAAACCUUUUCUCUGCUCAGUUUGUGGUCAAGGAUACAGUUGCAAGAGCUCCUUAAAAAUACACACAACAAUCCACACUGGCGAAAAACCUUUUCCCUGCUCAGUUUGUGGUCAAAGAUUCUCUCGAAAGCACAACUUACAAAGUCAUGAAAGAAGCCACGCUGGCGAAAAACCUUUUUCCUGCUCAGUUUGUGGUCAAGGAUUCCGUUGCAAGAGCUCCUUAAAGAUACACACAAGAAUCCACACUGGCGAAAAACCUUUUGCCUGCUCAGUUUGUGGUCAAGGAUUCAGUCGCAAAUGCUCCUUAAAAAUACACACAAGAAUCCACACUGGCGAAAAACCUUUUUCCUGCGAGAUUUGUUAUCGAAGAUUCACUCUGAAGCAACACUUAAAAGAACACACAAGAACCCACAUUCAAUAUUUGAAACAGCAGACCCCAAAUUCUGGGACGUCUCGAUGCGGGACAUCCGAGCAGAACGGUCGGGGGGAUGUCCGGGACGCCAGGUGCCGGACGACCAAGUGCAACGAUCAGGAGGAUGCCCGGGAUGAGGAGUGCGUCGUGCAGGACUGCCCAGGCGUGGCCGGCGCAGCGGACGCCGAGAGAUCCGGCACACGAUACUCAGCAGCGGUCGAGGUCAAGACGUGCGACGAGCAGGACCACCCAGUCGAGGCCGUAGACGAGGGCAACAGGCGCGGUGGCGGGGCUACUCCGACCGCCACGCCGGAGUGGAUUGGGCACGGACUGCAUCUGGCAAUCAAUGUCAGCCGAGCCCAUCGUCCUGAGCACCGGGAGUCCGCGUGCAUCAAGGAGGAGGAGGAGGAUUCGCCAUACAUCAAGCAGGAGGAAGAGUUCGUACACAUUAUAGAUGUUAGUCAAGCCCAUCGUCCUGAGCACUGGGAGUCUGUGUGCAUCAAGGAGGAGGAGGAGGAGUUGCCAUCCAUCAAGGAGGCGGAAGAGUUCGUACACAUCGAAGGUUUCAGAAAAUAUCUUGGUGCUGAGCGGCAUAAGUCUGAAUCUCCUGCCGUUAAAGAGGAUUUUGAGCUCCCCCAAAUCAAAGAGGAGGAACCAAACCCCUGUCAACAGAAGCAACUUUCAAUCAAAAAGGAGGAGGAAGAGCUGCCAUGCGUUAAAGAGGAGGAAGGUAUUAACUGGUCGACUGGUGAGCCCUUGAAGAGUGAAGAAGAUCCAGGUGAGGCCGGCAAAGGGGCGGAGCCUGCAAGCGGCAGCAGCUCAACAGAAGGAUUUGCCUUUGCUCAUGAGAAAACUUGUCGUAUGCAUAUGAGGAGCCACACGGGUGAAAAACCUUUUGUCUGCUCAAUUUGUGAUAAAAGAUUCUCUCGAAAGCAACACUUAGAAAUUCACAAAAGAACCCACACGGGCGAAAAACCUUUUUCCUGCUCAGUUUGUGGUCAUAGAUUUUCUCGGAAGCAACACUUACAAAGUCACGAAAGAACCCACACUGGCGAAAAACCUUUUCCCUGCUCAGUUUGUGGUCAAAGAUUCUCUCAAAAGCAAGUCUUAAAAAAUCAUGUAAGAACCCACACUGGCGAAAAACCUUUUUCCUGCUCAGUUUGUGAUCGAAAAUUCACUCAAAAGGAACACUUAAAAAUCCACACAUUAACUCACACGGGUGAAAAGCCUUUUUCCUGCUCAGUAUGUGGUCAAGGAUUCACUUGCAAGAGUUCCUUAAAAAUACACACAAGAACCCACACUGGCGAAAAACCAUUUUCCUGCUCAAUUUGUGAUCGAAGAUUCGCCACAAAGCAAAACUUACAAAGUCACCAAAGAACCCACGCUGGCAAAAACCCGUUUUCCUGCUCAUUUUGUGGUCUAAGAUUCUCUCGAACGCAAGUCUUACAAAAUCACGAAAGGACCCACACUGGAGAAAAACCUUUUUCCUGCUCAGUUUGUGGUCAAGGAUUCAGUCGCAACAGCUCCUUAAAAAUACACACAAAAAUCCACACUGGCGAAAAACCUUUUUCCUGCUCAAUUUGUGAUCGAAGAUUCACUCUGAAGCAACACUUAAAAGAACACACAAGAACCCACAAUCGUGAAACCCCUUUUUCCUGCUCAGUCUGUGGUCAAGAAUUCACUUGGAAGUAUCAGAUGACAGGACACGUGUGUGUUGGUGUGAGAAGCAGUGGCCAAUGACUGUUUUGCUUGUCAUCCAUGCUGGCUUUAACAGAUUUUGCACGCAGGAUGAUUGCAUUCUGUAGCGCUUCCUUAAAUCCUGUUGAGGAUUGGCACUUUUGGUGCCUUGCUUUGUCCAAUCGUUGUCUGAUGUGCAUCCACCUUAUUGUCUAAUUCUCACCUGAUUGAACUCUCUCAAGUUAAGUGCAUUAUUUAUUAUUAAUAUUAUCAAUAUAUAUUAGUAUUUACCGUCCCUGUUUUAAACUACACUUUUCACAUUUAAUAUUUGAAACUGCAGACCCCAAAUUCAAAAAAUUCAAAAUCAUUCAUAAGUAAUGUAUUUAAAUAAAUAUGGAAAACUAAGCCUGCAAGCAGGACUGAACCGGCCCUCGCAGUUUGGCGCAACUCUGACAGCACGCAGGUCAGGGUAGUAGCAGAUCGUCCCGCUUUUAUCAUCUCAUGAGAACCUACCUGCUCAAAACCCGCCUCCUUUUUGGGAUUAGAAAUACAUUCACACACCUAGGAGAAAAAAACCCUAUUGGAGAGAGUACUACAAAAAAGGAGGCGCAACUGUGCUGUGCAGCCACACUCUUAUUCAAUUCCAAAAUGAAUUUCUAAUUUGGCUAAUUUCACCACGUGUGCCAAAUUCUGUGGCUCUAUAAGCUGCCUAAGUCCCUGAAAAAAUAUACUUCCUUUUAAGGGUGAAGAAAGGGUCGUCACGGCAAAAGACAGAUGUGGACUUGGCGCUGAUGCAGAAUUCCAGAAAAGUGGGAAGUCGGAGUUUUCCGACCUCCGACGAGGAAAAUAUCAUUGGAACGCCACUCGAACUGGGAGGUCCAAGUCGCGAAGUCGGAGAAAAAAUAUAUACCCCGACUUCCAAGUUGUUUCAAUCUGACGUCACUGGACAAAAUGGCGAUGCCCAUGGAAACACAACAGACCGUGAAUGGUAAAACAUAAUUUACACGAUUAUAAAAAUAUAUACAUCUGUAUCUAUUUAUUAUUAAAUAAAUUUAGUCAUUGAACACAACUUCACGUAACACAAUAUGAUUUUUACUGACUUUGCGUGAAAAUAUGCUGCUAUCUGUUUGAAUGAAGUCAUUUGAUGAUUUGUACAAAAUGUUGAAUAGGAUAUUCAUUUAUAGGAAAAAAUAAAGUAUAUAUCACACCUUACAAAUAUAUAUAUUUGGCAGUAAAGUUACAUAUAGGCACUUGAAUGAUAAUGAAUUUCCAGAUGAUUUUUAAAUUGACUUUCAGCGAGGAUGUAACUAAAGAGGGUAGUUUACAGUGUGUGCUAUUCACAUCAGCCGCCUUUUUCCCUCCACUAUUUGAUUGCUUGCGAGAAGGCAGGUUUGCUGUCGGUCAAGAUGCCUUUUGAUAAACAUAAUAAAAAACAACUUUUCGCGAUCAGUCAUCUUUGCGGUUUACAUUCGCUUGGAACGCUUUGAGGUCAGAACUGGUACCAUCCGAGUGGGAUAAAUCCAACUUCCCACUUUUCUGGAAUGCAGCAUUAAAAUGUAGUUGUGCUGGCUUUACACAACAGUAUGGGAAAUUAGUUAAUCAUUUGCAGGGCAUUGCUGCCACCUGCCGGUCAGAAUAAGUCGCUGCAUCUUUUUUUGUGUCACAGUUGUGUCACAAACUCAUUCACUUACACAGUGCGGUGUCAAGCGGUAGUAUUGACACUAGUGAAUGCUUUCUGUUGCGUUUCUGCCUCGGAAAUAAAUGUAAGUAUUUUACGUUUACAAUAACAUGAAUGGGCAGUGUAUGUAUACCUAUGUGGUGAAGGGUCAUAUGUACAAAACUUAAGUUGUUGGUGUGUUGUAGAGGCCAGCCAAUGCUUACUUCUAGUAGCUUAAGCAAGUUUUGUUAUGUAUAAUACUUGUUUAUAUAAGUGCAUUGUGCAGUUUGGUGUAUAUUGAGUAUUGAAUAUAUGUAUGUUUUUUUGUUUUUUGUUAUAGUUUCACACACUUUCAGGGUACGACUCUCAACAAGCACGGGAAGUUUGGCGCAGAUACUGGUCCUUCUCAAAAAAUUUGCAUAUUGUGAUAAAGUUCAUUAUUUUCUGUAAUGUACUGAUAAACGUUAGACUUUCAUUUAGAUUCAUUACACACAACUGAAGUAGUUCAAGCCUUUUAUUGUUUUAAUAUUGAUGAUUUUGGCAAAAAAGUCAAGAACAAACAAAAAUCCCUAUCUAGUAAACCAUUUACCAGUGGUUUUCGCACUGUGAGCAGGUGCCAGGUUGUGCUGAAAAAUGAAAUCUUCAUCUCCAUAAAGCUUUUCAGCAGAUGGAAGCAUGAAGUGCUCCAAAAUCUCCUGAUCGCUAGCUGCAUUGACCCUGCCCUUGAUAAAACACAGUAGACCAACACCAGCAGUUGACAUGACACUCCAGACCAUCACUGACUGUGGGUACUUGACACUGGACUUCAGGCAUUUUGGCAUCUCCUUCUCCCCAGUCCUCAUCCAAACUCUGGCACCUUGAUUUGUGAAUGACAUGCAAAAUUUGCUUUCAUCUGAAAAAAAGUACCUUGGACCACUGAGCAACAGUCCAGUCUGCUUCUCUGUAGCCCAGGUCAGGCGCUUCUGCCUUUUCCAGCACACGCCUGUGCACGGUGGCUCUGGAUGUUUCUACUCCAGACCCAGUCCACUGUUUCUGCAGGUCCCCCAAGGUCUGGAAUCGGCCCCUCUCCACAAUCUUUCUCAGGGUGGGCGCAGUCCCCUCUUCUGAUUGUGCAGCGUUUCCUGCCACACUUUUUCCUUCCGACUGAGGUGCCUUGAUGCAGCACUCUGGGAACAGCCUAUUCGCUCAGAAAUUUCUUUCUGUGUCUUAGCCUCUUGCUUGAGGGUGUCAGUGAUGGCCUUGUGGACAGCAGUCAGGUCGGCAUUCUUGCCCAUGAUUGCGGUUUUGAGUAAUGAACCAGGCUGGGAGAUUUUAAAAGCCUCUGGAAUCUUUCGCAGGGGUUUUGAGUUAAUUAGUUGAGUACCUUUUCAUGAUAUGCAAAUUUUUUGAGAGAGGGAUUUUUGGUUUUCUUGACUUUUUUGCCAAAAUCAUAAAUAUUGAAAAAAUUAAAGGCUUGAACUACUUCAGUUGUGUGUAAUGAAUCUAAAAUAU